AUGGCUUCUCCAUUCUCUCCUGGGGAACCAGAGACUGAAGAUAUCCCCGUAGCACCGGAAGUCCCCGUACUUCCAGAAGAAGGUGGGCUUUGGGUCUGGUUGCAAGUUAUCGGUGCUCUUUUUAUUUUUUUCAACAUCUGGGGCCUUGCGUUUGCGUUUGGGUCCUUCCAAAGCUUCUACGUGCUCUCAUACCUGCCAUCUGUAGGACCGUCGGCAAUCUCCUGGAUUGGAACUAUUCAGUCAUGGCUUCUCAUUAUCGGCGGGCUCUUCUCGGGCCCAUUAUUUGACCUGGGUUACUACAAAACCAUGAUAAUCACCGGCAGCUUUCUUUCCGUGGUUGGAAUCAUGAUGCUCAGUCUGGCAACGGAAUACUAUCAAAUCCUGCUCAGUCAAGGCAUCUGCACGGGUCUCGGGUUUGGACUACUUUACGUUCCUAGCAUCACUUUAGUCACUCGGUCCUUUGUCCGAAAACGAGCCCUUGCACUUGGAGUCUCCACGAGCGGAGCCCCGGCUGGGGGCGUCAUCUACACCCUAAUGUUUGAACAAUUACUUCCGAAAGUCGGAUUUGCAUGGACAGUCCGUAUCAUGGGGUUUGUUAUGCUAUUUCUCUUCAUAUCUGCUGGGUUCAUGUUAUUAUGGCGGAGUGAAAACCUCGGGCAGGUGGGCUCAGGUCAAGCCAGAAAGCUCUUUGAUAUAAGCGCACUGAAGGAUCUCCCAUUUUGGAAUUUCACCGGAGCCAAUUUCUUCAUCUAUGUCGGAUAUAUGUCUCCAUUUUAUUACAUACCAAUCUUCGCGGAAACCAAGCUACACACUUCGCGUUCCUUGGGGCUCUACAUCCUCAUAGUUUCUCAAGCAUCAUCUAUUGUCGGUCGUGUUGUCACCACCACGAUUGCUCACCACUUUGGGGCGAUGAUUCCUUGGAUAUUCUGCGGUGUUGCUUCGGGAAUUUUGUCCCUCGCCUGGAUCAGUGCCGAUACAGUUGCGCGCUUUAUCCUCUUCUCGGCCUUCUAUGGUAAUAUCCGCUUCAUAUAGAGCUUUUUAUAUCGCUGACAAUGGUCCAGGCGGUAUUUCG